AUGACAAAGAUUAAGCAAAUUCCAAUUCUUAUAUUUCUUCUUGCUUUGAACGUUUUAUCGUGUAUCUCAUAUGCCCAAACCAAAGAAGCCGAUGAUGCGUAUUGGCGACAAAAGUCGUUAGAAGCCCAUAAAGUGGCGGUGAAUAGUUAUACUACUAAUCCUUUGGGUGUCACCGAUAACUUCAAUGAGCAAGUUGGCGAGGUUCUAUGGGGCCAGAAUGACACAAGGAGGAGUCUCAAGAGAGUUAGAGGGGCAUGUAUGGCUACCAAUCCAAUUGAUCGUUGUUGGCGAUGCCGAUCAAAUUGGGCGACAGACAGACAGCGACUUGCAGGGUGUGCCCAAGGGUUCGGGCGUCACACAACUGGAGGAAAAGGUGGAAAAUUAUAUGUUGUAACGAAUCCUUCGGAUAACCACCUAUUGAACCCAAUACCAGGAACCAUUCGUCAUGCUGUAGUUCAAGAUGGUCCCCUUUGGAUUAUCUUCGCCAGAUCCAUGACCAUUAGACUCCAACAAGAGCUCAUAAUGACCAGCCACAAGACGAUCGAUGCAAGAGGAGCAAAUGUUCAUAUUGCUAAUGGUGCGGGAUUUACCAUCCAAUUUAUUCAAAAUGUUAUUAUCCAUGGGCUUCACAUUCAUAAUAUCCAUCCCGGACAAGGUGGAUUGAUUAUAGAUUCUAUUCAUCAUUUUGGUAUAAGAACGAAAAGCGACGGUGAUGGCAUUUCAAUCUUUGGAUCGUCAAACGUAUGGAUCGAUCACGUUUCAAUGUCAAAAUGUGCGGACGGUCUAAUCGAUGCCAUCAUGGGGUCUACCGCAAUCACCAUUUCCAAUAGCCAUUUCAACCAGCACAACGAAUCUUUUCUAUUUGGUGCAAGUCCUGAUCAUACAAUAGAUAAGCUCAUGCAAGUGACAAUGGCAUUCAACCAUUUCGGAAAAGGGUUAGUACAAAGGAUGCCACGGUGCAGAUACGGUUUCACUCAUGUUGUCAACAAUGACUACACCCAUUGGAUAAUGUAUGCCAUCGGGGGCAGCAAUGCCCCCACCAUCAUUAGCCAAGGGAACCGCUUUAUUGCACCUAUGGACAUUGGGGCCAAAGAGGUGACAAAGAGGGUUUACUCAGAUGAUGUUGAUUGGAAGAAAUGGCAAUGGGUAUCAGAAGGAGACUUAAUGUUGAACGGAGCCUUCUUCGUUCAAUCAGGUCCACGACUGUCGUCAUCAGUAUCAAUUAGGAAUAAAAAUGGGAUGAUGAAUGCAAAGCCAGGUUCGUUUGUAACUAGAUUAACAAGAUUUGCAGGACCACUAGGUUGCAGGCCUGGAAAGCCUUGUUAA